AUGGAAGGCCUUUUGAGUUCUGUGGCGGUUCCUAGCAUGAAAGAGCGCCAGAAACGACUGUGCCAAGAGCGACAGAAGGAGCGGCACCGGCCAGUUUACGAAGAUUCCAGUAAUUUUGGUGUUCGCAUGCUUGCUAAAUUGGGUUGGUCGGAAGGUAAAGGUUUGGGUAAGCACGAAAACGGCAUUGCCGUACCGGUAGCACAAAGAUUUAAGCGGGACACCGAAGGUGUUGGCUUUGUUGGUGGACCCGAUGAUCAGUGGACACAGCAUGAUGCUGGUUUUAAUGAUCUACUGAAACAGCUGAAUGGUGAAGCAGACGUGCCAGACGAUCCUUGUGACACCGAACUCAAUCCAAAAGCACAGCUCCAGUCGCUUGAGGAACGGUCGAAGACGUCGCGUGUCCGGGUACACUACAAGAAAUUUACCCGUGGGAAGGAUCUGAGCCAAGUGAACGAAAAAGAUCUUGCCAACAUUUUUGGCAAACGUUCUUUUGCCGAGAUCAAUAAGCCGGUUGUAGCGCCUGCAGAUAAUAAUUCGUCCGGAAACGUGAGUGACGAAGAUUCGCAACAAGAACGGCCCGUUUUAGGUUUGUCCACGAUCAAGGCGAGCAUGUCGAUCCAGGAGUACUUCAAGGAAAAGAUGAAACAAAAAAGUUUGUCCAGUUCUGGUGGUAAUGGGACAAAAUGCGAAGAACAAUCUACCAAAGAGCUGGUACAUCCUGAAGUCGAUUCUAGUAUGCCUAAGAAGAAGAAAAGCAAGAACAAAAAUGAAGAAUCUUUACCAAUUCCUGUGGAGGACACUGUGCCCAGUGAAGAAGUGUCGCUAAAAAAGCAUAAACGAAAGCGAGAAAAAGUAGAGCCGGUUGAGGAAGCUGCAGCCGUGGAGGAUGUUCCAAUUGAACCGGAAAAAGAGUUGUCUGAGGUCGGGAAAAAAAGGAAAAAAUCCAUUAAACAAAUUCAAGAUCCUGAAUCAUCGAUUGUAGAUGCGACUGAUGAGAUGGGAAAGGAAGAUCUCGCUGAAGCUGAGGAACCUGUGAAAAAGAAGAAAAAACCUAAAAAAAGUAAAAUAGAUGCAUCGUUGGAGGUUAAUAUUACUAACGGAACACUUGCUAUCGAUGAGAUGGCCAAAGAAGAAAUCGGUGAAGCCAUCGCUGAAGAACCAACAAAAAAGAAGAAAAAAUCUAAAAAAAGCGAAUUGGAAGAAUCCAUCGAGACCAAUGAUGAGGAGGAGCUAACGUGCAAAGUUAAAGUCCAUAUGUUGAAGUACCUUGACGAAUCACGCUUCAAAGGCUCUAAUUUUGGCGACAUUAUUGGUUACAGAUUGACGGAGCAGGUUAAGCUUAUCAAGAACGAGGCCCGGUCAACAAAAUGGAAGCGAAAGAAGUAA